GAAAAUUUGCACAAAAAAAGAAAAAAUUUAUAUAUUGCUCUGUUUGUUCACUCUCUGGUUUUGUGUAUUUUGCUUUUUCUUUUUCCUUGCUUCAAAAAGGCAAGAAAGAACAAAAACCAUUCUCAUCUUUUUAUUCGUCUCCCUUUUAUAUUUCGUUCUUUCUUCUUCUGCCCCUCAGUUGUUGCAAUCCAUCUGCUCAAGAACCUUAUCAUGAACCUCAAGGUUUUGAGGACUCAGAUCUGAAGCAUUGAGGUUGUGUUUUGGGCUUUCUAGAAUCUUCUUCACAAGGAUUGAAGAACUCUGAGAAGGAACUACUACUUCGAGUUUUUGGACUUUCACGAUUUUUCUAUAUCAGGUAUAAAGGAGGUUGAGGAAAAUGCAGAGGCCACCGCACGAAGAUUUCUCGUUGAAGGAAACCAAACCCCACCUCGGAGGGGGGAAGGUGACCGGUGAUAAGCUGACGAGCACCUAUGACCUCGUUGAGCAAAUGCAGUACCUCUACGUACGUGUUGUGAAGGCAAAAGAUUUACCUGGAAAGGAUGUUUCCGGUAGUUGUGAUCCAUAUGUUGAGGUUAGGCUCGGAAACUACAAGGGCACAACCCGUCAUUUCGAGAAAAAGUCGAACCCUGAGUGGAAUCAGGUGUUUGCCUUCUCGAAGGACCGAAUCCAGGCCUCUGUUCUUGAAGUUUCUGUGAAAGAUAAGGAUGUUGUGAAGGAUGACUUUAUUGGCCGGGUUGUGUUCGAUCUGAAUGAGAUCCCGAAAAGGGUUCCUCCCGACAGCCCCCUGGCCCCGCAGUGGUAUAGGUUGGAGGAUAGGAAGAGUGAGAAGGCGAAGGGCGAGCUCAUGCUGGCUGUCUGGAUGGGCACACAGGCCGACGAGGCAUUCCCAGAGGCGUGGCACUCGGAUGCUGCGACGGUCAGUGGUGCUGACGGUCUUGCAAAUAUCAGGUCGAAGGUCUAUCUCUCGCCUAAGCUCUGGUACCUGAGAGUAAACGUGAUUGAAGCUCAGGACUUGCAGCCCAGCGACAAAGGUCGUUUUCCCGAGGUUUAUGUGAAGGCCAUUCUAGGGAACCAAGCACUGAGAACACGAGUUUCGAUGAGCAAAAGUAUCAAUCCUCUGUGGAAUGAGGAUUUGAUGUUCGUGGCUGCAGAGCCUUUUGAGGAGCCACUGAUUUUGAGUGUGGAAGACCGUGUUGCUCCCAACAAAGACGAGGUUUUGGGAAGAUGUGGUAUCCCGUUGCAGUAUGUGGACAGGAGGUUGGAUCACAAGCCCGUGAAUACGAGGUGGUUUAAUCUGGAGAAACAUAUUAUAGUCGAAGGCGAAAAGAAAAAGGACAUGAAGUUUGCCAGCAAGAUUCAUAUGAGAAUUUGUCUUGAAGGCGGUUAUCACGUCUUGGACGAAUCCACUCACUACAGCAGCGAUCUUAGGCCGACUGCUAAAGUGCUAUGGAAGUCGAGCAUUGGUGUUCUCGAGUUGGGGAUUUUGAACGCGCAGGGGCUUUCACCGAUGAAAACAAAGGAUGGGAGGGCGACGACUGAUGCUUAUUGUGUUGCCAAAUACGGACAGAAGUGGGUCAGGACUAGGACAAUCAUCGACAGCUUUUCUCCUAAAUGGAACGAGCAGUACACUUGGGAGGUGUACGAUCCUUGCACUGUCGUAACCAUUGGUGUGUUUGAUAAUGGCCAUUUGCAUGGUGGGGAUAAAAACGGAAGGGAUUCAAGAAUCGGGAAGGUCAGGAUUCGCCUUUCGACUUUGGAAACGGAUCGUGUGUACACUCAUUCGUAUCCUCUUCUCGUCUUGCAUCCAUCUGGGGUGAAGAAGAUGGGAGAAAUCCAUUUAGCCGUGCGUUUCACUUGCUCGUCUCUGGUAAACAUGAUGCAUCUGUACUCGCAGCCGCUGCUGCCUAAAAUGCACUACAUCCACCCAUUAACCGUUAGCCAGCUCGAUAGCUUGAGGCACCAGGCGACUCAGAUCGUCUCGAUGAGGCUGAAUCGGGCUGAGCCGCCUCUCAGAAAGGAGGUGGUCGAGUAUAUGCUCGACGUGGGGUCUCACAUGUGGAGCAUGAGGCGGAGCAAAGCCAACUUCUUCCGUAUCAUGGGCGUGAUGAGCGGGCUGGUCGCUGUCGGGAAAUGGUUCGAUCAGAUCUGCAACUGGAAGAACCCGAUCACCACCGUGCUCAUCCACAUCCUGUUUCUGAUCCUCGUUAUGUACCCCGAGUUGAUCUUGCCGACGGUCUUCCUCUACCUGUUUCUGAUCGGGGUGUGGUACUACCGGUGGAGGCCGAGGCACCCGCCCCACAUGGACACUCGCCUCUCCUGCGCCGACAACGCCCAUCCCGACGAGCUCGAUGAGGAGUUCGACACAUUCCCGACCUCCCGCCCAGCGGACAUAGUGCGGAUGAGGUACGACCGUCUCCGGAGCAUCGCAGGGCGGAUCCAGACCGUCGUGGGCGACUUGGCGACGCAGGGGGAGAGGCUGCAGAACCUGCUCAGCUGGAGGGACCCUCGCGCGACAGCCCUGUUUGUCAUCUUCUGCUUGAUCUCGGCUUCCGUCCUCUAUGUCACGCCGUUCCAAGUUGUGGCGCUCCUCGGCGGAUUCUAUGUCUUGAGACAUCCUAGGUUCCGGUACAAGCUCCCGUCCGUGCCCCUCAACUUCUUCCGGAGGCUGCCUGCGAGGACGGACUGCAUGUUGUGAGCAGCUCGGGCUUUUUGGGGGCGGUCGACGGCGUAGAAUAUGCCGGCGAGGAAGCUUGUUUGCUGUUUUGACAAGAGGGGCGUGGUUAUGAAGUUGUAGCCGAUGAAAAAACAUGAAUAUGCAUAAUGCAUUGGAAUUCUAGGUUGUUUCUUUAUUUUUGAGGGAUUUGUGGUUAUUUUGAGACGUAUCCAUGCUAAUCUCUUUUCCUUGGUUGACAUUCAAUUCAAUAAUUUCAACCUGUUCUUGCA